AUGUCGAAAACUUCUCGCGAUGGAAUGUCGAAAUGGUAUUUGUCAGAUGUGCCAUUUGAAUCGAGCUUCACCGAAUUUGUACUUGCGUCGCUUGGUACGAACAGAUCGAGUGUUGGCAAUGGAAGUCUGCCGAGGGUUUCAUCUAGUACAAGCAGGAUCGAUGAUGCAAGACAUAUGAGUGUUGAUCAUGUCCCAAGCUGUACAACAUCGGAUGACACCAGUGCAACGUUCACUGCUGCUUUGCUUAACACCGAUGUUAAUAGUGCCGGGAAUGAAAAUUCCACAGAAAUUUCCACAUCAUUUGUGAAGCUUCAGCAAGUAACUGACAACUACUACAACAAUUAUAAAACCCGCAACAACACAGAUUGUGACUUUUUUAAUGGUAUUAAUUCCAUUGCAAGCACUAAUGUGUACGCUUCAAAAGUUAAUCACAAUAAAUUAAAGUCGUUGUCUACCAAAGAUAGUAUUAACCCAUCAACAACACCAACACAUCAACACAUUAACACAUCAACAACACCAACAACAACAUUACAUCAACACAUUAACACAUCAAAUACAUCAAAUACUAUUAGAGCUAACAGCAAACGCAGAAAAACUAACAUCUUCUUUGUCAGUAGAAACAACGUCAAACCAUCAAAAAAAUUUCUCCAAGACGAUAGGGACAAAAAGUUGAUAGCAUUUAGCGGGUCGUUGCUUGAUUUGAAUGCCAGGCUGGCUCAGAAGUUGGAUGUUGCUCAAAUUAAUGAAUGGCUCACAACUCAACAUCAAAAUCAGAAUGACGAUUAUUACGAAGACCUUCCAAGCCCACCGUGUUUUUUUUCAGCCAAUCAAAACACCGUAGCCAACAUGAACGAUUUGCACGUCGCCGGUGGUCGCCAGGAAGAGAGGACCAACCGUGAAUCGGGCUACACAACCACAGCCGAGAGUAGUGGCUCAGAAACAUCGAACAGUAUAACGUCAACUAGUUCCCGAUACUCAUCCAAUUUGGCUGUAGACUCGGAACCAAACUUAAUGCCCAUGCCUCCACCAUUUUCAAGAAAACAACCGUCAUAUUCCAAAAGAAAUGAGAUUAACUCAGCAGAUAUAUGGAAUCCAUAUAACAAAGGGUCUAUUUUUGUUCGAAAUCCAGAAUUUGAUCGUGACCACCCGAUUCUACCUCCUCCACCACCGCCCCCAAUAAACAAUGUUAUUGACGAUUAUUUUGGCUCAAAUUCUCGUUUGAACCAAAAAUUGUCUGAAUACGCAAACAUCGACACUUUAAUGGGAUCUUGCUCUUCAAGAUCAAGAUCGAGUAAAACAAGUUUAAUGCAGUUGACUGACAAUAAUAUUCGCCCCAACGUUUCAUCCGGAUUUGAUUAUGAAGCAAUCAUGCGGAAGAAAAAACCUAAACAAAAAGGUCAGGAAGGUUUUACAGAGUACGAGUUGGAAAAAAUGAACCGACUUAUUUUUCAACAUGACAGCAUUAUGCAAGCAAAUGAAAAUCAUUCAAUGGAAAACAACUCAAAUGAUGAAUACGAGAGGGCCUCCCUUCACAGGCGAGGACAAAGCAGCAUUUCCACUAAUGAUGGUGAGAAAGAUGCACUGCACUUCCCAAGGCCAUCUGUUAGACAUUCACCAAUGCUGAAAGAAAAUGAAAAUUUUUCGCAUACAACUUGUACUCUGCCUAAACAUCCGGGAUUUUCAUUGCCAUCUAAUUCCGGAAAUAGAACCAGAUCAUCAAUUUUGUCUUUAACACAUAACCAGCGAUCAGAACCAACCCCUUCGAUAUUCACACCUCCACCUGAGUUUUCAACAAACACACACAAUGCAAAUGCUUACCAAACGACAUCAUUAAACUGGGAUUCCGUUACCAAUGAACAAUAUAUUGACGAAAUGGAGGAAAAUGAUGUAGCGGUAACAAAUAUUGAUGAAUACGAUCAAAACACAUUAUCAGUAUCUCAAAAUGAUGAUUCUUCAUCCAUAUCUGAUCCUUCAACAUUAACAAAUGAUUACCAUUCUUUUUACAUACCACCUGAACCUGAUUUCAUUCCCACCCUUCCCACAUUUCCUCCAUUGUUAGCAGGUCAUUCUAUGAGUAACACAAGUGAAAAUUAUCAGGAUGAUUAUAACUCUGCUGGUAAUUAUGAUGAAGUUGAUGAAGAUUUUAAAUAUAAUAACGAUGAAAAUGAAAACGAUCGGGACUACAUGCCUGAUUGUGUUAACAAUGCGAACGAUGACGAGCAGGAAAAUGAUUUUGAUGCUCCGACAUUAAAUGGUGACACUACAAAGCCGAUUGGUAACGUUGUUCAGGCAGAUGACGUUUUCGACAGUAACCCUUUGAUUCUUCCACCCCCUCCUCCACCCCCUCCUCCGCCACCUCCAGGUUGGAAGCCUGCUAACAACAAAUCUUCUAAUAAAUCAGAAAUCUUGAACAGUUCACUAAUUCCAAAUCUGAAAGAUGCGCUUUCCGAUGUAAAACUGAAGAAAAGUCCAGCAAAAGACAUCUUGAAGUGUCAGACCUCCGCUGCCGUAGACGCCAUAGCCAACCUGAUAAUGACAGGAGGCUUCAAACUGAAACCAACAUCUAAUGGAGCUGUCAUCAGAUCCCAUGGUGACUUCAAAGUCUCCAACAGCAGCAGCAGCAGCAGCAGCAGCAGCAACACAAUGAAUGAAAACACGGAUGCUGACCAGUCCGUUCAUUCUCCAUCGACACUCGACAACAGUGGUUUAAGUUUAGAUUAUAUAAAUUUUAAUGAGGUCAAGUCGUUGUCAUCAUCUUCAUCAGCCGCCUACCCCAAGACACCGCCUACCAGCCCUCACCACAACAACAAAAUCAAAAAUGUUCCUCUCGUUCCACCAGUUAAAAACAUCACAUCUCUACCUGGUUACCAGAAAGUUCCAGAGGAGGCAGCCCCGUGGAAGAAGGCCAUGAUGGAGAAUAAAAAUAAAGAACUUCUCGCAAAAGCCCUGAACAGGGAUUUUUUGCAACUUCUCACGUUGAAAGUUCUUGCAUUGGAUUUGAAAAAAAGACCAAAAAAGAUCGGUUACAAGGGCUAG